CCCUGCAGAGAGGACCCUCUGUGAGGAGGCUUGAAAUUAUCCCGCCUCACGAGCCUGGCAUUUCUGUGGGUGACGUCUGUGCUACAGACAUGACCCCAGAGGACAGGAGGCUGUGGCUGCCUGCAGCGCUGCUCCUUCUGCAGGUCCCAGGUUGUUGGUCUCUGCGUGGCCCCACCUCCGUGACAGGCCCCGUGGGGGGAUCCCUGAGUGUGCAGUGUCAGUACGGAGAGGAAUUCAGAGAGAAUGCCAAGUAUUGGUGCAAAAGCCCAUGCUUGGGGGAUAUUGUGGUGACCAAAGAAGCAGACAUAGAAGUGAGGAAGGACCGUUUGUCCAUCAGGGACCGUCCUGCAAACCUCACCUUCACAGUGACCUUGGAGAACCUCACAGAAAGUGAUACAGGAACAUACCGGUGUGGAAUCGAUACAUCAUGGCUCCCAGAAUAUUUGCUUGACCUCAACUUCCAAGUUGUGUUGUCUGUGACCCCAGGUCUUCACUCGACCCUGCCAGACCCCAUGCAGAAGACCACGAUCUCGCAGGAGUCCCCCAGUUCCAGCCAACAUCCUGGGCCCUCACCUAGGAGUCAUCCUAUUGAAGACCAGGCUUCUAAGGGAGAGGAGAGGUCCCUUCUCAGCAGCAUCUACUUCCGGCUCCUGGUCUUUCUGGAGGUGCCCCUGGUCCUGAGCAUGCUCAGUGCUGUCCUCUGAGGGAACAGGCCUCAGAGGGGAUCUGGGGUGGGGAGGCGGCAUCAGCCCAAUAACUAAAAUCAGUAACACCAAUUGCCCAUCGAUGACCCGCCCAGGAACACAGCCCAUCUGAUGGAUGGGAAUGGCCUUCUGACCGACACCUCCAGCCACCGUCCUUACUUCAUUCCGAAUACUCUGUAAACUCUUUUGUAACUUCCUUGCAAUCUUUCAUAGACACAAAGAAUGUUCCUAAUAAAUGCAUACUCCUUACAGCCCAAAUACUCUUCAACCCUUGGGUGCC